UUGUCAAAACAACGAGUCAGCUGGAUGGAUCUGAUGGUCUAUGUGCCCCACUUUUCGGAAGCGCCGAAAGUGGAGCAUAAACCGGUUAUCGAACAUGUUUGCGAGCAGCCGCAGGAAGAGGACGAAGUAAAGAACGUCAAACGAGGAAACCGAAUUUGGACAAAGCUGACACGAUGGUGUUUAAGGCAACGGAUACUUUACCGAAAACAUCCGUUAACGCGUUGGUGUUUGAAAAGCACGACCGCCGUUAAUUACGAGAUUUCGAGGCACCUGAAAUCGCACUCUCUCAUGAUACACCCUUUUAGCUCGUUCAGAAUAUUUUGGGAAUCGAUUAUGGCUGUGUUCACCUUCAUGGCUCUUAUGGUGACCCCAGUGUCCAUCACGUUUUAUUACGAGCAACACGAUCAUUGGCACAUGAUCAAUGAUGUGAUGAACUGUAUGUUCUUGUGCGACAUCAUCAUGUGGUUUUUCACUGGAUAUUACGACUAUGGAACGAAGGUCAUCGUUCUCGAUCCUAUAAUAGUGGCACGGAAAUAUCUGCAAAGCUAUUUCUUCCUCGACAUUUUAACUGCACUACCUAUACAGAUAAUUGACUUUCUCGUACCGAAGUCGAUAUGGUAUUGUACCACGUUGAACAUGAUGAAGAUAUUGAGGCUUCGGAAUAUCAUCGUCUACGGCCGUAGACUUCGCGACGUGUAUAGAAUAAGUUUUCAAAAGUACAAGAUUUUGGAAAUGAUCGUACUGAUGGUAACAAUCGUCCACUGGUGCGCCUGUCUCGAAUACUACGUUCCGCUGUCCGUGAAAACGCUAGGGACGCUACGGAACGAUUCCUGGAUUCAUCACCCCCUGCUUGAAUCUAAAGAAACGUAUACACAGAAGUACCUGGUAUGUUUGAACAGGGCAAUCGUCGCAUUCGUUCGCUCUGCUCAUCAUUUAGGCAUGAAAACCAGGGAAGACAUUGUAUUGAACUUAAUCAUAACGAUCAUCGGAUACUUGUGUAGUCUCUAUUUGCUAUCGCAAUUUUCCCAGUUGCUGACCACCUUUCAAAUAACGGUGAAACGCAAUCUGAAAAUAAUACAACAGCUCCAAGAUUAUAUGCGGUAUAAGGAGCUACCGUAUGCUUUGCAACGUCGCUUAUUAACGUACUAUCAUUAUCGGAACAAAAGGGAUUUCGAGAGGAACAGGAAGGUCGUCGACGAAGUCUCGCCGUAUCUGCAAGAGGAGCUAAUAUUAGAUAAUUACUCGACGCUGAUUAACAGCGUGGAAUUGUUUAAACAUUUGCCGGACACGGUGAUAGUACAAUUAACCAGUACUAUAAAAUCCGAGAUAUUCAUGCCCGGCGACGAGGUCGUUAAUGCAGGAAGCCGCGGCGAUGCUUUAUUUUUCAUAUCUGCCGGAACUGUCGCGGUUUAUACCGCGAUGGGAAGAGAAGUCUGCCAUUUGGAAGACGGAAGUUAUUUCGGCGAGAUCGCUCUGGUGAUGGACAGCGAGCAUAGAAUAGCGACGAUCGUCGCGGUGGAGACCAGCGAGAUCUACAUGGUGUACCGUGACGACUUCCGGAGAGCCAUAUCGCCCUAUCCCGAUCUCUUGAACCGACUGCAGAACGUUGCCCUCGAGCAUUUGCGCAACAGCCUCCUUCUGGAUACGGCGCAAGAAAUGCUACACGAGACACCGCAGUAUAUCAACAUAAGUAGUAUACAAAGCAAACGAAUGAGAUAAUUAUAGAUAAUAUCAGAAACGAGGA